GUUUCUGUUUCAGAGAACCUGAAAGUGUUUGACAGUCACACUGAAGAGAGAAAUGGCGCAGCAAGAAAAUCAGCCUGACCGACUAAAAUUCUCCUGUUCGAUCUGUCUGGAUCUACUGAAGGAUCCAGUGACUCCUUCCUGUGGACACAGUUACUGUAUGAACUGUAUUGAAAGCUUCUGGGAUGGAGAAGAUCAGAAAGGAAUCCACAGCUGCCCUCAGUGCAGGAAAACCUUCAUACCAAGGCCUGUGCUGGAGAAAAACAUCAUGCUUGCUGAUGAACUGAAGAAGACUGGACUCCAAUCUGCUCCUGCUGAUCUCCGCUCUGCUGGACCUGAAGAUGUGGCCUGUGAUUUCUGCACUGGAAGAAAACUGAAAGCCAUCAAGUCCUGUUUAGUCUGUCUGGCCUCUUACUGUGAGAAACACCUUCAGCCUCAUUAUGAUUCAGCUACUUUUAAGAAACACAAGCUGAUGGAGCCGUCCAAGAACCUCCAGGAGAACAUCUGCUCUAAGCAUGAUGAGGUGAUGAAGAUGUUCUGCCGCACUGAUCAGAAGUGUAUCUGUUAUCUCUGCUCUGUGGAUGAACACAAAGGUCAUGAUACAGUGUCAGCUGCAGCAGAAAGAACUGAGAGGCAGAGAGAGCUGGAGGAGAGACGAGGAAACAUCCAGCAGAGAAUCCAGGACAGAGAGAAAGAUGUGAAGCUGCUUCAACAGGAGGUGGAGGCCAUCAAUCACUCUGCUGAUAAAACAGUGGAGGACAGUGAGAAGAUCUUCACUGAGCUGAUCCGUCUCCUCCAGAAAAGAAGCUCUGAUGUGAAGCAGCAGAUCAGAUCCCAGCAGGAAACUGAAGUGAAUCGAGUCAAAGAUGUUCAGGAGAAGCUGGAGCAGGAGAUCACUGAGCUGAAGAGGAAAGACGCUGAGCUGGAGCAGCUCUCACACACAGAGGAUCACAACCAGUUUCUCCUCAACUACCCCUCACUGCCAGCACUCAGUGAGUCUACACACUCAUCCAGCAUCAACAUCCGUCCUCUGAGACACUUUGAGGACGUGACAGCAGCUGUGUCAGAGCUCAGAGAGAAACUACAGGACGUCCUGAGAGACUCAUGGACAAACAUCUCACUGAUGGUCACUGGGGUGGAUGUUCUACUGUCAGAACCAGAACCAAACAGCAGAGAUGAUUUCUUAAAAUAUUCUUGUGAAAUCACACUGGACCCAAACACAGCACAUAUACAACUGUUACUAUCAGAGGGAAACAGGAAGGUGACACUAAUGGAGCAACAGUCUUAUUUUAGUCACCCAGACAGAUUCAGUAAAUGGUUUCAGAUUCUGAGUAGAGAGACUCUGACUGGACGUUGUUACUGGGAGGUUGAGAAAACAGAGACGGGGGUUCAUUUAGCAGUCGCAUACAGGAACAUCAGCAGAACUGGGAUGGAAAGUAGAUUUGGAUGCAAUGAUAAAUCCUGGGCUCUAUAUUGUCACCAAAACUCUUAUUGUUUUUGGCACAACAGCAUCUCAACCUCCAUCCAAGGUCCAGUUUCCUCCAGAGUCGGAGUGUACCUGGAUCACAGAGCAGGUAUUCUGUCCUUCUACAGCGUCUCUGAAUCCAUGACUCUCCUCCACAGAGUCCAGACCAGAUUCACUGAACCGCUGCUGGCUGGACUUCGAUUUUUCAACUGUGGUGAAACUACUAAAUUUUGUAAACCAACAUAGAAAGCUCCUCUCCCUUUUGCUUGAAGGUUCAGCUAUAUUGAUUCUGCUCUCCAGUUUCAAAUUAACAUUUUUAACCUUCAUCUCUAAACUUCACAUAAAUUGUCACACCCUUAUCUUUUAAUUUAAGUUUUUUAUUUUGUUGAUUAUCAUAAAGACUGUUGACUUAGUGAUGAACAUACAGGCUACUGUCUCAUUGUGAACGUUAGAUGAUUUCAUAUGUUGUGUUAUUUUUAUGAGGAUAAACAUCAAAGCCAUCAUGUUACUCUGUUUAGCUUUGUUGGGACAUUUAAAUAUUUGAUUCCAGAUUUCAAUAAAACAUCUUUACAGACAAUAAUGCACUGUUUAAUAUAUCAUUAGCAGUAAGUUGUUUAGCUCAAGUGUAAAGAGACAAAAACUGUGUAACGGAGAUGACAUUUAAAAAACAAAAAUCAUGCUUUUUGAAAACAGACAACUUAAUAUUGAGAAAUUUUAGCAUGUAUGAACUCUACAAAAUAUAAAUUUCUGUUUGUAAUUCAUGUUUUCUGGAUCCAAGCACAGCAAGCUGUUAUCUGUUACUAUCAGAGGGGAACAGGAAGGUGACCACAAGGAGUAAAAUCCAGUCUUAUUUUAGUCACCCAGACAGAUUCACUGGAUAUUAUCAGGUACCGAGUAGAGAGAGUCUGACUGGACAUUGUUACUGGGAGGUGGAGAGGUGAGAAGCUUUUAUAGCAGUCGCAUACAAGAAUAUCAGCAGAGCAGGAAGUGGGAAAAAAAUGGAUAUACUGACAAAUCUUGGGCAUUAAAUUGUUCCCAAAAUGGUUAUAAAUUUGGUCACAACAAUGACUGGACCUCCGUCUCAGGUCCAGUUUCCUCCAGAGUCAGAGUGUACCUGGAUCACAGAGCAGGUAUUCUGUCCUUCUACAGCGCCUCUGAAUCCACAACUCUGAUCCACAGAAUCCAGACCAGAUUCACUGAGCCGCUGCUGGCUGGAGUUUACAUUUACAUCAUUGGAGAUUCUGCUGAAAUCUGUAAACUCAAAACAAAUAAUGCUUAGGUUCAGUUUCUAACCUUUAGUUAAACUAUUUACACAUUGUUUCAGGUCUACAAAUAUAUUAGUUCUGCACAUUUGUUUGGUUAAUUUCAGUCACUGUGAACUCUGAAGUGCAAUUUAUUCCAGGAAAUAAAAAAAUAUUUUACUCCUGUUUCCCUUUGAACACAUUUUGUUGCAUCAUGACAUGAAGCAGAUAUUGAGCUACUGUGGGCUUAUGAUUUGUGUCAUGUUCUAGAUAUCUUCAGUAUAAACUUCUAAAGUUGUAUUACUCAAUUAACUGUUUGUGGGCUGUAAAGAUCAAAUCUUUUAAGUGUAUUUUGUAAAUCUGAAGGUAAGAGAAAAAUAGACGCUGUUUCAAGAUUUAAGUUGUUCUACAGCUUUAGCUCUGAAACAUUUAGUAGUGAUGGUGAGAUGAAGCCUCAUGAGGCAUUGAACCACUU